CGCCGCCGGUAUGAGUGUGGUGGAGCACGUACGAGAGAUGGCGGCCGCCGGGCUCCACUCUAACGUGCGGCUCCUCAGCGGGCUUCUCCUCACGAUGAGCGGCAACAACCCGGAACUGUUUUCACCAUCUCAGAAAUACCAGCUCCUUGUAUAUCAUGCAGACUCUCUCUUCCAUGAUAAAGAGUAUAGAAAUGCUGUAAGUAAGUAUACAAUGGCGUUGCAGCAGAAAAAAGCAUUAAGUAAAACUUCAAAAGUAAGACCUUCUACUGGGAACGCUGCUUCAACUCCCCAAAGCCAGUGUUUACCAUCUGAAAUUGAAGUGAAAUAUAAAAUGGCUGAAUGUUAUACAAUGCUGAAACAAGAUAAAGAUGCCAUUGCUAUUCUUGAUGGGAUUCCUUCCAGACAGAGGACCCCAAAGAUCAAUAUGAUGCUGGCAAAUCUAUACAAGAAAGCAGGUCAAGAACGCUCAUCUGUUACGAGCUACAAAGAAGUACUGAGACAGUGCCCUUUAGCACUUGAUGCCAUACUAGGCUUGCUCUCGCUGUCGGUGAAAGGUGCGGAAGUGGCCUCUAUGACAAUCAACGUAAUUCAGAGUAUUCCUAACUUGGAUUGGCUUUCAGUUUGGAUCAAGGCAUAUGCGUUUGUGCAUACCGGAGAUAACACAAGAGCAAUAAAUACCAUUUGCUCUCUAGAGAAAAAGUCGUUGCUGAGAGAUAAUGUAGACUUACUGGGGAGCUUAGCAGACCUGUAUUUCAGAGCCGGAGAUAAUAAAAACUCUAUUCUAAAAUUUGAACAAGCACAAAUGCUGGAUCCUUACCUAAUAAAAGGAAUGGAUGUAUAUGGUUAUUUAUUGGCACGUGAAGGUCGACUAGAGGAUGUGGAGAACUUGGGCUGCCGUCUCUUCAAUAUUUCUGAUCAACAUGCAGAACCCUGGGUGGUAUCUGGGAAUUGUUUUAUUUUCCUUUCUUACCUCAACUCUAGAUUUGCUGCAUGCAGUGGAUUACAGUUGAUACAGUGGAUUCAACUUUUUUCGUCAAAAGGAGCUGCUCUUAGGAAUAUGGGCCGAGUACAGGAAGCAAUUAUACACUUCCGUGAAGCAAUACGUCUUGCACCUUGCAGGCUGGAUUGCUACGAAGGUCUCAUCGAAUGUUACCUAGCAUCCAGCAGUAUCCGUGAAGCUAUGGUAAUGGCAAAUAAUGUGUACAAAACUCUGGGAGCAAAUGCACAGACACUCACUCUGUUAGCAACAGUCUGUCUUGAAGACCCAGUCACGCAGGAAAAAGCAAAAACGUUACUGGACAAAGCGCUAACGCAAAGACCUGAUUACAUUAAAGCUGUGGUAAAGAAAGCAGAACUUCUUAGUAGAGAACAAAAGUAUGAAGAUGGCAUUGCUUUGCUGAGGAAUGCACUGGCUAAUCAGAGUGACUGUGUUCUGCACCGAAUACUGGGAGACUUUCUUGUAGCUGUCAAUGAAUAUCAGGAAGCAAUGGACCAGUACAGUAUUGCCCUCAGUUUGGAUCCAAAUGAUCAGAAGUCACUAGAAGGAAUGCAGAAAAUGGAAAAAGAAGAAAGUCCAACUGAUGCAACCCAGGAAGAAGAUGUGGAUGAUAUGGAGGGAAGUGGAGAAGAGGGGGACUUGGAAGGCAGUGACAGUGAAGCAGCUCAGUGGGCAGAUCAAGAACAGUGGUUUGGCAUGCAGUAACGGCCUCUCAUCCUGCUGCUUGUUUUGGCACUUGAACAUACCACUAGGGCCAUUCUUCUCUGAAGAACAUAAGCUAGGAUUUUUGCAGUAACAAAGGACUUUUUUUUUUUUUUUUUUUCCCCCUAAAUAGACUCUGAAACCAUUUAAUAGUUCUAUGCAUCUCAAUGCCAUGAAGAUUCUUGAUGCUACUUAUUUAUUAAGUGUAAGAGACUAGCUGUAUCGGAGGUUAUUUGCAACUUUCAUUCCAAAA